UAUUAUGUGACAAAUGGAGAUAAAGCUUUUACACAACCAAUAUUUCUCCAGUGAUUAAAAAAAAUCAGUCUUGGAUACUGUUUAGAUGUUUACAUCAGAGCUGUUAUUCCGGUGCCUUCUAGUCUAGUUCAGCUGUACCUGCCCACUCUGACACUAUAACAGUAACAGUAAGCUUUCUCAUUAAAAGUCUACACUCAGCAUGAUGUUUCUUGUUUGGACGAAGACCAGUGUUGUGAAAUUUGGGAAUGAUGGAAAGAAAAGACGUGUUUUACUGAAAUGCUGUACCAUGAAUCCAGCUCCGUUUCCCACAUGGGCUUGAGCAACACCUUCCCAUGUUUGUGAAGUACAGGCUGCUUUAUGAGGAAACCUGUUCAAACAGGCUCAGAGUGAUUCAAUGGACCAAAGCGUGGAUAUAGACUUGAUCCAAGGACCACUGGUUUAAAUCCUAGAUCACGAUGAUUGCACCCACUGGGGGGUUAUCUCCCCCUUCCCUUCUACAAGGAUGGACCCCCCCUAUUACAGCAGUGGGUGGAAAAAGCCAGGAACCACAGGUGAUUCUGCUGAGUUUAAGAGCUGAAGGAUGCUGAGAGCUGUGAGCUCACCUCAGACCCAGAGCACCUCCAGAGCAGCGCUGUGUAAUUCCAUGAGCCCAGAGACGAGAUGAUGUCAUCCCAGAUCCUCGUCCCUGGUUGGCUGCAGCACCUGCUGGUGGUGCUCCUGAGGCUCGCCCUCUCCUCUGCGUUCCCACUGAGAACGUCCAAUGUGACGACAUGCUCAGCUCGAGGACCCGCCUCCUACAUCCUGGUAUUCACUGGCCACUGGAGCCCACAGACAUUCCCAAAGCAGUACCCCUUAUUCCGGCCCCCUGCGCAGUGGUCCAAACUUGUAGCGGUCACCCAUAAUGACCAGUACCGGCUGUGGCAGGAGGGUUCUCCGGCGAGUCCUGGUGUGCAGAACUUUGCUGAGCUGGGCGUGACGGUGGAGCUGGUAAAGGAAGCGAAGGAGGCGAGGAAGAAAAGGGCAGUGGGAUCCAUGUACCGCACUGCUGGGAUUCCAAGCGGAAUCGGACACAGCUCUACAGAGCUGAUCCUCCAUCCAAGGAACCCAUUGCUUUCCCUGUUGGUGAAAGUGAUUCCUAGUCCUGAUUGGUUCGUGGGUGUGGACAGUCUAAACCUGUGCGAGGGGGGGCAGUGGAAACAGGAAGUGACCUUUGACCUGCACCCCUUUGACGCCGGGACAGACAGUGGCUUCACUUUCUCUUCGCCCAACUUUCCCACGAUGCCCCCUGAGAACAUCACCAUGAUUACAUCUCAGAAGCCAAACCACCCUGCUAAUUCCUUCUAUUACCCAAGGCUGCCACAGCUGCCACCCCUAGCCACCAUAUGGCUUAGGAGGCAGGCUCGCUCACCUGUCCGUCAACACAACCACGUGUCCAAUCACAUCCUGCCACAUCACACCAAGCCCCAGAAAUUCUCAGAGACGCCGUUGGACUGUGAGGUGUCCAUGUGGUCAUCGUGGGGUCUGUGCCUGGGCCCUUGUUCCCGAGGAGGCCUGCGCCACCGCACCCGAUACAUCAUGCUGAAGCCAGCCAACAGUGGCUCCCCCUGCCCCGAGCUGGAGGAACAGGCCGAGUGCACGCCACACAACUGCCUGGCACAGUAGUGAUUAUCGUCACAGCGCUGGCACAGAAACUCUCACCAUGUUCAGAAUAAGAGCCACUUUAAGUCACAGCCGCAGAGAGGCAGAGGUCACCACGAGCAGUGACCCAAUGCACUGGCCUGCCUGGCACAGAACAGCUCAUGUAUUCUGUUCAUAGAAAGACUCUGAUCAUAAGUACUGCGGUUACAGUACGCACAGUGUAACAAUGAAUAAUUAUACACCAUAUUUCUCAUCCAUCAUUUUGUAAAAUGUUAUUUUCUUCAAUAUGCAACUUUUCAUAUGUCAAAUUCGGUUGUUUUAUAGCGUUGCAAAUAAUUUCCUUUUGUAAAGCACUGAUUAAAACAUUACUAGUACAACACUUGUGCUCUCCAGUAGUAGAUCUAAGACAGGCCCAUUGGAAUGGAAAUCUUACAUUUGGAAAGAUAGGAUGGGCUGAUUUUAUUAGACUGACAGUCUGAACAUUGUUUAAGUUCAGUUUAACUGCAUAAUCUUAUAUAUUAUUAUUUUUUAUCCCUCCUUAGGGACCUUUAAAAGAGUUGUAUAUACUGUAUGUUGUAUUUGUAUCAUGUUCAACCUUUAAUAAAUGUGGGGUUGUUUUCCUUAAAGGACCCAAACCCGGCAC